CCGUUGUGUUGGUAAUUAUACGGAUGUCAACUGUCAUGACUUCUUUGACUUCUGGUUGGGAUUAAUGGUAGCGGGCCUCCUCAUCAUCUUCGCCCUCAGUGCGCUGUCAAACGCUCUGCUGAUGUACAUCAUCGCCCACUUUGAGAAAACCAAGAGAGCCUUAAAUCUCUUCUUCCUCUGCCUCGCCGUCUUCGAUUUCCUGUUCACCCUCACUCUGCUGUUCUUGGCUGUCGAAUUCCUGUACCACUUCAACUGCGUGUUUGGAGAGGCGGCCUUCAAGAUCAUCAAAGGGGCUUUCUUCACGGGCCAGUCGGGAGGUCUUGUACUGUUGACGGCCAUGACGUUGGACCGCUUCUGCACCGCGGUUUUGAACGCAUGGCGGCCCCUGACCCAAACUGUGUCGUUUGCUCGAGUGCUCUGCGUGACCACAUGGAUCUUCAGCAUGGCAGCAAGCCUCAGAUAUUUACUUCUCCCUGAGAAUUACGAGUAUUACUCUUUGUAUCUCCCCUCUGGAGGACUUGGCUACAUCAUGGAAGACGUGUUUCUGUUUCUGAUACCUCUCGUCAUCAUCGUGUCUUGCUACCGCUGUAUUCUGAGGACGGUCCUGUCUAUGCCACACACGAGAGACAGGCGAAGAAAGUUGAUGCUCCUGUUUAGCCACAUCGCUGCUUUUGUGGUCUGUUUUGUGCCCUACAAUGUUCUGGUGUGCUACAAAAGGUUUUACGGCAUGUCAGGCUGUGACGCAAACUAUGAGAUGCUGUACCUCACCAGUUACAUCCUCGCUCGCUCCUACUGUGUUGUCAAUCCGCUCCUGGGAUUAGCUUGUUCCCACACAGUUUAA